AUGACACCUUUCAUGAGCAUCGCCUUAUUUGUUGCCCUGUUCUUGCUCAACUCAGAUCGCAUUCAGAAAGCCAUUGAGAUAUGCAGGGAAUGUUUGGUUUUGCUAAAUAGCACUGAAAAAAACAGCAAAGACCAAUUUGAUUCAGUACUGCUACAAUUUUACAGCGACAUCUAUACCGUUCUUUUCAGCGCUUAUCGUCAUAUCUCUGACAACAUAAGUGCAGAAAGAUACGGGAAGAAACUGUUUGACUUAUACAGCGAGUCUGGAAUUAUGCUUUACAAACUUGGCGAAAACCUGAAAGCGAAGGAGUAUGUUGAGAGGGCCCUUACCAUAACAACCAAAGUUGGCGACAGAAGCGGAGAAGCAUGCUGUUACGGAAACCUUGGAGCGUUGCUUCAACUGCUUGGCCAAUACGACAAGGCUAAUGAGUAUCUCCAAAAGGCGCUUGUCAUCAAUACUGAAAUUGGCGACAGAAAAGGGGAGGCAACUGACUACGGAAACCUAGGUACUGUGUUUGAGUCGCUUGGCCAAUACGACAAGGCAAAAGAGUAUCUCAAAAAAGCGCUUGUCAUCGAUACUGAAAUUGGCGACAGAAAAGGGGAGGCAACUGACUACGGAAACCUAGGUACUGUGUUUGAGUCGCUUGGCCAAUACGACAAGGCAAAAGAGUAUCUCAAAAAAGCGCUUGUCAUCAAUACUGAAAUUGGCGACAGAAAAGGGGAGGCAACUGACUACGGAAACCUAGGUACUGUAUUUCAGUCGCUUGGCCAAUACGACAAAGCAAAAGAGUAUCUCGAAAAAGCGCUUGUCAUCACAACUGAAAUUGGCGACAGAAAAGUAGAAGCAUCAUGCUAUGGAAGCCUAGGUACUGUGUUUUUUUCGCUUGGCCAAUACGCCAAGGCUAAAGAGUAUCUCCAAAAAGCACUUGUCAUCACAACUGAAAUUGGCGACAGAAAAGGGGAGGCAACUCACUACGGAAAUCUAGGUACUGUGUUUGAGUCGCUUGGCCAAUACGACAAGGCUAAAGAGUAUCUCCAAAAAGCACUUGUCAUCACAACUGAAAUUGGCGACAGAAAAGGGGAAGCAACAUGUUAUGAAAACCUAGGUACUGUGUUUGAGUCGCUUGCCCAAUACGACAAGGCUAAAGAAUAUCUCCAAAAAGAGCUUGUCAUCAUAACUGAAAUUCGCGACAAGAAAGGGGAAGCAUCAUGUUACGGAAAGCUAGGUAUUGUGUUUCAGUCGCUUGGCCGAUACGACAAGGCAAAAGAGUAUUACAAAAAAGCGCUUAUCAUCACAACUGAAAUUGGCGACAGAAAUGUGGAAGCAUCAAUCUAUGGAAACCUAGGUACUGUGUUUGGGUCGCUUGGCCAAUACGACAAGGCUAAAGAGUAUCUCCAAAAGGCGCUUGUCAUCAAAACUGAAAUUGGCGACAGAAAAGGGGAGGCAUCAUGUUAUGUAAACCUGAGCAAUGUGUGUGAGUUGCUUGACCAACAUGACAAGGCUAAAGAGUAUCUCAAAAAAGCGCUUGUCAUCAUGACUGGAAUCGGCGACAGAAAAGGGGAAGCAUCAUGUUAUGGAAACCUAGGUGCUGUGUUUCAGUCGCUUGGCCAAUACGACAAGGCUCAAGAGUAUCUCCAAAAAGCACUUGUCAUCACAACUGAAAUUGGCGACAGAAAAGGGGAGGCAUCAUGUUAUGGAAACCUAGGUGCUGUGUUUCAGUCGCUUGGCCAAUACGACAAGGCUAAAGAGUAUCUCCAAAAAGCACUUGUCAUCAGAACUGAAAUUGGCGACAGAAAAGGGGAGGCAUCAUGUUAUGGAAACCUAGGUGCUGUGUUUGAGUCGCUUGGCCAAUACGACAAGGCUAAAGAGUAUCUCCAAAAAGCGCUUGUCAUCAGAACUGAAAUUGGCGACAGAAAAGGGGAAGCAUCAUGUUAUGGAAGCCUAGGUACUGUGUUUCUAUCGCUUGGCCAAUACGACAAGGCUAAAGAGUAUCACCAAGAAGUGCUUGUCAUCACAACUGAAAUUGGGGACAGAAAAGGGGAAGGAUCAUGUUAUGGAAACCUAGGUACUGUGUUUGAGUCGCUUGGCCAAUACGACAAGGCUAAAGAGUAUUUCCAAAAGGCGCUUGUUAUCAAAACUGAAAUUGGCGACAGACAAGGGGAAGCAUCAUGUUAUGGAAACCUAGGUGCUGUUUUUGAGUCCCUUGGCCAAUACGACAAGGCUAAAGAGUAUCUCCAUAAGGCGCUUGUCAUCAGAACUGGAAUUGGCGAAAGACAAGGGGAAGCAUCAUGUUAUGGAAAGCUAGGUAUUGUGUUUUAUUUGCUUGGCCAAUACGACAAGGCUAAAGAGUAUCUCCAAAAAGCGCUUGUCAUCAUGACUGAAAUUGGCGACAGAAAAGGGGAAGGAUCAUGUUAUGGAAACCUAGGUACUGUGUUUGAGUCGCUUGGC